AUGUCGUCUCUUCAGUCCUAUGUCCUGGUCACAGGUGCCACGGGGUUCAUCGGCGCCCACGUUGUUGACGGCCUACUGAAGAGAGGUUGUAAGGUUCGAGCGGCUACUAGGAGUACCCUCAAAGGACAAUUGCUCAAACAAGCUCGGCCGCAAUACGCAUCGCAGCUUGACAUUGUCCAAACUAGUGACUUCUCGGAAGCAGUAUCUUUUAGAGAAGCUGUCAAGGACGUAACCGGUGUCGUUCACGUCGCAAGCCCCUUCAGUUACUCCGUCAAAGACAAUGAGAAAGAACUGAUACGCCCUGCAAUCGAGGGAGUCAAGGCGAUCCUGGAAGCAUCUGCUGCAAGCCCAAAUAUCAAAAGGGUAGUGAUAACAUCGUCAUUUGCCUCCAUCAUGAACGCAGACCUGAAGGUACCACCUCGAUAUACUUACACGGCCGACGACUGGAACCCCCUUUCAUAUGAGGAAUCAGUGGCGAAAGAGACUAGCGCCGUCAUUGCCUAUCGCGGCUCUAAGAAGUUCGCCGAAUUGGGAGCCUGGAACUUUGUUAAAGAGCGGAAUCCUGAGUUCGACAUCGUCACGUUGUGCCCCCCAAUGACAUUUGGGCCAAUUCGACAUCCUGUGUCCAAUCUCGCAGAACUCAACGAAUCAAACGCCAAUUUGUGGAAGGUAGCAAGUGGGCAGGAAUUGCCAGUAUCUAGAGUCCCUUUCUGGGUAGAUGUUAGAGAUUUGGCGACGGCCCAUGUCGAGGCGUUGCUGAGACCGGAGGCGGGGGGAAAGAGAUUUACUGUUGCGAGCCCGCAAAAGUUCUCAUAUAGUUUAGUCAGCGAUAUCCUCUUAGAGGAAUUCGACUGGGGAAAAGAAAGAACAGCAAAGGGAGAGAAACAAGGCAUCGACGAUAGCUUCGCUUUGGAUGGGGGGGCGGCCGCGAUGGCACUGGGUUUGGCGUAUACUUCUUUUAGGGAGACGGUGAAGGACUUUAUCAACCAAGCAAUCGCAAUGGAAAAGAUUGAGGUUAGGGCGACAUCAGAGAAGAUGCAGAUAGCAAGAUGA